AUGUCCCAACCUUUACCUCACAAUGUAGUUGGUCACACCUCAUCUCCUUCUACACCAUCUGAUCCUUCUUUAUCCAUGCCCAUGUCCAUGCCUAAUGCCACAACUGUAUCUGCUGCUGGUUCCACUCACCUUUCAAAACAACUCUCAUAUGCCCAACUCUCACGUCAAUCAGCCUCUCCUCACCAUCAUGCUCGAACAGCUGCUCAAGUUGCUAGAAGUACACCAGCAUCAUCUACUGUCACUAUCACUGAUCCAAACAAUCCCAAUAAACUUUUCAACAAAACCGUCGACACCCGUAACAAUUCUCAAGAUAAUAGCAACAACAACAAUAACAACAACAAUAAUAAUAAUAAUGUCACAUCUGGUAAUACUUUAUGGACGACUUUAGAUAUGGGUGGAAUGGGUUUGAAGAAUUUGACAACGACAGUGUGUAACUAUUCAUUCUUGACGGUUCUUUACAUCAAUCACAACAACUUGACUUAUCUAACGCCUGCCAUUAGUCAACUCUCGCAAUUGAAAACUUUGGAUGCUUCGGGUAACAAACUUUCAUCAAUACCACCUGAAAUUGGGUUACUUGUCAAUUUACGUGAAUUGUUAUUAUUUGAUAACAAUUUGGUCACUAUUCCAAGUGAAUUGGGUACCUUGUAUCAACUUGAAACAUUGGGUUUAGAAGGCAAUCCUAUACAAGCAGAUCUUAAUAAUUUAUUGAUGAAAGAAGGUACUCAUGCUGUCAUUGUGUCAUUACGUGAAAACGCUCCAGUUGGCAUGCCUCCUCCUCAUCGGGAAUGGAUUACUGUGGAAAAUGACAUGUCAGAAAAUGAAGCAGAAAAAUUCACGGUGCUUAGUUACAACAUUUUAUGUCGAAAAUAUGCAACACCACAAAUUUAUGGAUAUACACCUUCAUGGGCAUUGGCAUGGGAUUAUCGCAAAGAAUUGAUUUUAUCUGAAAUCUUGAACUGGAAUACUGAUAUUGUGUGCCUACAAGAAGUGGAAAUGGGUGAAUAUGAAGGUAUCAUUGGUGAAACAUUGAAGCAUCAAGGCAAUUAUGAUGGUGUGUUCUUCCCCAAAUCUCGUGCAAAGACAAUGUCUGAAAAAGAACGAAGACUUGUAGAUGGCUGUGCUACAUUUUACAAGGCUGAUAAAUUUGAUUUGAUAGAAUAUCGUCUAUUAGAAUACAAUCAGAAUGCUCUUCAACGACCUGAUUUCAAGAAAAGUGAUGAUAUUUAUAAUCGAGUGAUGACUAAAGACAAUAUUGCAGUGAUGACAGUACUGGAAAACAAGGAAACUUUGGCUCGUAUCUUGGUAGCAAAUUCACAUAUUCAUUGGGAUCCUACAUUUGCAGAUGUCAAGUUGGUUCAAGUUGGGAUGAUGAUGGAUGAUAUGGAAAAAUUUGCAAGCAAACAUUUGAAACCUAUAAGUUCACCCAAUGCAUCUCCUCCUCCUCAACAACAACAAAAGCGACCUAUAUAUGCUUCAACAGCGGAUUUACCAACCAUCAUUUGCGGUGAUUUUAACUCAACACCAGAUUCUGGAGUGGUAGAAUACUUAUCCAAAGGCACAAUCAAGCAAGAUCAUGAUGAUUUUGGCAAUUAUGUGUAUGGCAGUUAUACAACCGAUGGUAUUUCUCAUACAUUAUCUCUCAAGAGUGCAUAUGCUACAUGUGAAGACAUUCCUAUCACCAACUUUACACCAGGAUUCAAGGGUACAUUGGAUUAUAUAUGGUAUUCUAGCAACACAAUCGACUCACUCUCACUAUUGGGACCUAUUGAUGCAAGUUAUUUGAAUAAAUCAGUUGGAUUCCCCAAUGCUCAUUUCCCUUCAGAUCAUAUUGCUAUUGCCGCGGAAUUGAAAUUCAAGACUCCCAAAUCAGAAAAACUUGAAAAACCAAAUUUCGGUGCUACUUCAAAACGUUAA